AUGGCAGAGGGUAAGAGUUUAUUGGGUUCACCAAGUGAAUGUAUCUUUAUAUCACUCAUUGCUGCACGCCAUCAGGCUAUUAAAGCAUUGAUGGUUGAUAAAAAGAAGGAUGAAAUAGUAGAAAGCUGUAAAAUUCUGAGUAAGCUUGUAGCUUAUACAUCAAAAGAAUCUUGCCCAAGUAUUGAAAAAGCAGCCAAACUGUCUUAUGUGAGACUACGUCUCUUGAAUGUUGACAAGAAUAAUUGUCUUCGAGGUGACAUAUUAAAGAAGGCAAUAGAAGCUGAUAUAAGGGAAGGGUUUGUUCCAUUCUAUGUAGCUGCAACACUUGGUACAACCACAGUAUGCUCAUUUGAUAAUGUAAAGGAAAUUGCUCAAGUCUGUAGUGACUACUCUCUUAUCUGGCUCCAUGUAGAUGCAGCAUAUGCAGGCAAUGCUUUUAUUUGCCCAGAAUUUAGAUAUUUGAUGAGUGGUAUCGAAUAUGCACGAUCAAUAAAUGUCUGUCCCAGCACAUGGCUUUUAGUCAAUUUUGACUGUUCAUGCCUGUGGGUCCAGAACUAUCAACACCUUAUUGAAUCACUGGCAGUAAACAAAUUGUAUUUGCAAGAUGACUGGGAAGAUGAAACUAUAGAAUUUCGUCAGUGGGGUAUACCACUCUCUCGGAGAUUCCGGGCUCUAAAGCUGUGGCUUGUAUUGAGAUGCUAUGGUAUUAAUGGAAUACAAUACCAUAUCAAGAGACAUUGUCAUUUAGCCAAACUCUUUGAGUCCUACAUAAAGAAAGAUAAGCGUUUUAUACUGAUGAAUGAUUGCUUGAUGGGAGUGGUAUGCUUCCGAGUAGCCCAGUUGGAUGAUUAUGAGUCUGUUACUGAAGAUCAACUGACACAGCUGCUGUUGGCUCUAAUUAAUAUAUCAGGGAAAGUUAGUGGAACACCAGUUUACGUACAGAGUUUCUUUUCAAUCAGACUUUGUAUAUGCUACGACAAUGUUACAGAAGAACAAAUAGCUAAUGCAUGGACAGCUAUCAGUAAUUGUCUGACUAUAUUAGAAACAUAUUUUACUGAGCGUGCUCAGUUUUCUGUGAGAAAACCUCUCAGCUAUAAAGAACAAAUUGAGUAUCUGGACUUCUUAAGAAGUAACAGCUCCACUAGAAGCAUACCACAGUCGGAGUACAGAAGACUGGCUUCUGGAGCGAAAAUUAAUGAUUUUUAUUCGCCAAUUUACGUCCCUGAAAGCGACGAUGACAUAGCUGAGAAGAUAGACUUGGGCAAGCUUCUGAAACGAGGCGGUAGACUUUCUAUCUGA